UCUCAGUCGUAUCGUGGUCGUGCACUCUGGUUAUGGAAGAUCUUGAACCCAUCUUCGGAGAGGCCAAGGGAGAAUGGUCAGCGCCAAAUUCUCCUCCUUUGAGGCCGUUUCUUUUCUAUGCAUAUCCCUCCGGCCCUUCUUCUCUGAAAAUCGAGGCGACAGAUUUCCAUUCCAACACUUGCGAAGCUAUUCGUUCUAUUGAACAGCUGGAGGACAUGCGAGAUAUGACUGGAAUUGGCGGUUCUUGGUCUGAAUUUAUGGAUUAUAUUGUUGCUUGCUUAAAAUCGAAUGGGGUUAAGCUUGUUCUGGAAGGACAACCAAGCCAAAAUGCUGCUUAUGCAAAGUUAAUUGCCAAGAAAGCCAAUGGGAUGCCCUUGAUUUCUUUUAAGCUCAAUAAACUCGGGGAUGUCAAUGCUAAAGAGGUUAUGGCAAACAUUUCUCUGAAAUUGUAUGGAACACACAACAAUUUGCGCCAUUUAUUUCUAACAGAACAAGAACGGUGUUCUGAGCUGUUGAAGAUAAUAUCUUCUGAAAAGGAAAAGAAGGAAAGCAUACAGAAGCAACUUGAUUCUCUCUUACUAAAUAAAAGACAUAAACCACAAAUGAUGAAUGAGAUGGCAAACUCAAGUAUCACUCAGUCUCCUGAUAAAGUUGCGGCACAUAAUCAUGGCCAAUCGAAAGUCCCCAAUCGUGUUGUGCCAGCCUAUCGAAGGACUAAAGUGAGAGGAGCUAUUUUACAUGAUGAUGCUGAAGAUGGAGAGCAGUGAAACUUUUUAAAUUGAACACCUUAACAAUUCACAUUUGUGUUCAUUUGGGAAUUUCAAUACAAGAGACAUGUUUCAGAUUGGAGUCAAAUUAAGGAUUAUUCUGGCUCCUGGUUUACUCUCUUUGUGUAACAUAUUUAGAAGCUGAUUGAUUAUGUUUUGACUUUUGAGUCUCUAGAUAUAUUUGAGUGGGAAAGGGCAGUUAGUCUGUAAGAUAGAAGUAUAGUUGGUGAGUAAAUCAUGUAAAUUUAGGUUCUUUUCUUAUGGUUAAAUCUAUAACAUCCAACAUAUUCACUAAUCACUCUAAUUUAGAAAACAAAAUCUGUAGACAUGGUUGAUUCAAUUUAUUUGCUCAAAUUUUGAUAAAA